AGGAGGAAACUGGAAGAGGGGAUGGUGUUCACCGAAUAUGAGCAGAUUCCAAAGAAGAAGGCAGACGGAAUUUUCACCACUGCCAUUCUCCCUGAGAACAUUGAGCGUAAUCGUGUCAGAGAAGUCAUUCCAUAUGAAGAGAACCGAGUGGAGCUGGUACCCACCAAAGAAAACAAUACAGGCUACAUCAAUGCAUCACACAUAAAGGUGACAGUAGGUGGAGAAGAAUGGCACUAUAUAGCUACACAAGGACCGUUGCCACAAACAUGCCACGAUUUCUGGCAAAUGGUGUGGGAGGAAGGAGUCAAUGUGAUAGCCAUGGUGACAGCAGAAGAG